UGUUUAAUAAAAUUGCGGAUCUUUUCUUUCAAGUUUUGUUUUCUUUUAAACAAGUCCAAAUCUAUUCCGAUAUUAGUCAAUCAUUUUUAUCAUUUGAAAUUACCCUAAAUAGAUCUAGUUUACCAACCAAUUAAUGGUUAUUUAUUGUUGACAGUAAAAAAUGAGUAACACCAGUGACUGACCCUGUUGCUUGACAGUAGACUUGAGACUACUCAGGACACUAGUGACUAGUCUUGUCUACAGAGUAACAGACUAUACUUCAUUACUUGACUAUACUAGAAUCUAUAUAGAUGAUUAGAUCUACUUAAUAGAGUGCUAUAGACUAGUAUAGACUAAUAAGAGUCACCAUAGACUUACAGACCUAAAGCUAAAUCUAUAUACCUAUAUUAUAGAGUCUAUAAUUACUAUAGUUAGACUAUAGUGUCACUAUAGUAAUAGAGAUCUAGACUAAUUAUUUUUAAAUUUCAAAUAUCUACAUAAAAUAAUGCAUACAGAAAUGUCUGGAGAUGAAAUGGAUGAAGUGUCAAGUACAACAAGCACGAAAGAAGAAGAAUCACGGAGUGAAACUCCUACUUUUCGAUCACGUAAUGGAAUAAGAAGUAAACGCCACCUGAAAAAAUGUAAAUUGCAGUUCAAGUGUACCAAUUAUUUGAAGGAAGACCAUGGUCAACCUCUGUUUGGAAUACAGAUCAACCUUUUGAUGAAAGAAACAGAUCCUGUUUUAUUUGCCACAGUCGGUCACAACAGAGUCACAAUUUAUGAAUGCCAUGAUGGAGGGAGAAUCAAAUUGCUUCAGUCCUAUGCUGAUCCAAGUACAAAUGAAAACUUUUAUUGCUGUGCAUGGUCCUUUGAUGAAGCUACAGGGCAGCCAAUACUGGCAGUUGCUGGAGUGAGGGGAAUCAUUAGAAUCAUCAGUCCCACUGUUGGACUUUGCAUAAAGCAAUUUGUGGGCCAUGGCAAUGCAGUAAAUGAGUUAAAAUUUAAACCAAAAGACUACAAUAUUUUACUUUCAGUCAGCAAAGAUCAUGACCUACGACUGUGGAAUGUAAAAACUGGAGUUUGUGCAGUGAUAUUAGGAGGUGUAGAUGGACACAGAGAUGAGGUGCUCAGUGCUGAUUUCUAUUUAAGUGGAAGCAAAAUUGUGUCCUGUGGGAUGGACCACUCUCUCAAAAUUUGGAACCUUGAAAAAGCUGACAUCAAGAAAGCUUUACAAGAGUCUCAUUAUUAUACCACAUCAAAACAAGAUGAGCCUUUCCCAACUGAAUACUGUCACUUCCCAGAAUUCUCCACUAGAGAUAUUCAUAGAAACUAUGUUGAUUGUGUCAGAUGGUUGGGAAAUCUUGUUUUGUCAAAGUCAUGUGAGAACUGUAUAGUGUGUUGGAGACCAGGCAGUUCUCAGGAUGCAGUCAAGAUCAGAACAGAUGAGAAAGAAAGUGUUUGGAUAUUACAUAGAUUUGAAUAUAAAGAAUGUGAGAUCUGGUACAUGAGAUUUUCACUGGACUACAAUUUACAGAUGAUGGCUCUAGGGAAUCAAGUUGGCCACAUAUUUGUUUGGGACCUAGAAGUAGAUGAUCCAACUCAGACAAAAUUCACCAAAUUGUCUCAUCAUAAGUGUAACACAGCAAUCCGCCAAACAGCUUUCUCUAAAGAUGGUAAUAUCUUGUUGGCUGUUAGUGAUGAUGGUAGUAUAUGGCGAUGGGAUCGCAUUAAAUGAUUGUCAUUGGACCAAUUAUGUCUAAUAUGAUCUGAACAGUUUUGUUUUUUUUAAUGACACUGUAGCAUUAAUAAACAUAAUUGUUUUGUACUGUUAAUUGAAAUAAACUCUUCAUGCAAUAAAAUC